AUUCACAACAGUGUGCAUUAUGGGAAUCAUGGUAGCGGGUGGCAGGUGCGUGUGAGUAGGUGGGGGAAGCCAUUAACCCCCCACGCUCGCAAAGCUGACUUUCCACUCCCCUCCUUACUUGUGGGCCUGCUUGUGGUCAUGAAGGUGAAGAAGGGCUCAAAUGUAGGUUAUGAAGCAGACCUCAUCCUCUCCCAGGAGAUUAAGUAAAGCUGAUAUUUUUGUGAUGCUGGUGGGAGUUGGAUUUAAUAGCCUUGAGAUGAGGGUAGCUAAGAAACCCCCCUCCCCUUGUGAAUGUAUAGAUGCCAACAAACCUGGACUAUAACCUAGGAUCCUGAUGAUGUGACCAUACCAGGUUCUCAAGUGUCCAUCCACACUUCAGAUUUUUUUUGGUGUAUUUUAGUUUAAAAAGUGUGUUUUUUUUUAUAUUAUUAUUUUAGCCAUUGCCUCAGCCGCGAGUGGCAGGAAGAACAAAAUGUGUUUAGCACUGAAAUAACUUCCUUCAUGUUGCUUGAGCUCCCACCGUCCACAUGUGGAGGUGUUGCUACGAAGACGGAAGUGAGCUUUGGUGAUUUACAGUUUCCUUUUAGUGUAGACAUUUUUUAUUAUUAGAAAUGAAUUUUAAAUAUGUGGAAAUACAAAAAAGGAAUUCCAGCUUCUGUUCUUCCAGCUUAUAACUUUCACUUUUUAUUUCCUAAAGUGUUGGAGGUCAUUGUUUUUUAGUGAGCAAAAGUGACCCGUCAGAGUUUAUUUAUGAUGCGUGAUACGCAGCUUCCAUGAAGGAGAACACAUACCAGACACUUUUGAAGGACACAGAAACUGCAACCGUCUCCACGGCGACUGGGUAACCCAUUUUGGUUCUCUCUUUAGAGGGGAGUCAUUUGGGAGUAGGGGGGCGCUACGCAGAAUGUGUCAGUCACAGCCGUGGGUCAUCGGAAAAAUGUUUGCUUAAAAGAUCUGGGUCAGGAAUGCCCCAGACUGUGUGCUCAGGCACCAUGUUUACCACUCCCACUGGCUUCAGCCCUCACCUGGCCUGUGCUGAACCUGGGGAGGAGGAGGAGGAGGCCCCACAGGAAGCUCCGGGGCCCGGGGCCUGUUUGGUCGAAGGGCCCCCCAUCACCUCGGCGUCCCUGGACACCUUGAUCCAGAACCUGGUGCCUACUGCUGAUUACUACCCCGAGAAAGCCUACGUGUUUACUUUCUUGCUGAGUGCUCGUUUGUUCAUCCCGCCCCCGGAGCUGCUGUCCAGGGUGUGUGAGCUGUGCAUCAAACAGCAGCAGCUGGACCAGAGCCCGCUGGACACGGCAAAAGUGCGAAAGUUUGGCCCCAAGAUCCUGCAGCUGCUGACAGAGUGGACGGAAACGUUUCCCUCCGACUUCAGGGAAGAGAAGAUGGUCGGACAGCUCAAAGACAUCAUCCACAGGAUAGCUCCGUGUGACGAGGCGUACUGGAAAACCCUGAACCAGGUGCUUCAGAAGCUCAGCCAGAGGCUGGAUCUGAUGAGCCAGGAGGAGGAGAGCAUCAUCAAGGUCUCCCUCAACGCCUCCUCAAUCUCCGAUAAGCUGGCCGCCUUCAAGACCAAGCCCCCGCCCAUCCAGAAGGACAUCCUUUCCAUCUGCAACGACCCCUACACGCUGGCACAGCAGCUCACCCACGUGGAGCUGGAACAUUUGAGCCACAUUGGACCCGAAGAGUUCGUUCAAGCCUUCGUUCAGAAAGACCCGCUCGAUGGAACGCUGCCAUGUUUUGGUGACCAGAAGAAGAAAACUUCGAAUCUGGAGGCUUAUGUCCGCUGGUUCAACAGACUCUGUUACCUAGUUGCUACAGAGAUUUGCAUGCCAGCAAAGAAGAAGCAGAGAGCUCAGGUUAUAGAGUUCUUCAUCGAUGUAGCCAGAGAGUGUUUCAACAUUGGAAAUUUCAACUCUCUUAUGGCUAUCAUCUCUGGAAUGAAUAUGAGUCCCGUGUCACGCCUGAAGAAGACUUGGGGCAAAGCCAAAACUGCAAAGUUCUUCAUUCUUGAGCACCAGAUGGAUCCGACAGGAAAUUUUUACAACUACAGGACCGCUCUGAGGGGGGCUGCCCAUCGCUCCCGGACUGCAAACAGCAUCAGAGAAAAGAUUGUGAUUCCGUUCUUCAGCCUGCUGAUAAAAGACAUUUAUUUUCUGAAUGAAGGCUGUGCCAACCGCCUGCCCAACGGCCAUGUCAACUUUGAGAAAUUUGUGGAGUUGGCUCGACAGGUUGGAGAGUUCAUGACGUGGAAGCAGGUGGAGUGUCCGUUUGAAGAGGAUCAGGCUCUCCUGCACUACCUCCACACUGCUCCCAUCUUCAGUGAGGACGGACUUUAUCUUGCAUCGUACGAAAGUGAGAGUCCAGAGAACCAGGUAGAGAAGGACAGGUGGAAAGCCCUCAGGUCAAACGUCCUGGGGAAGACAUGAUGGGCUGAUGGGAGCUGAGCCCCCCUCUCUCCUCUCCAUCUAAAGGAGAGUUGGAUUUCUUUGCACUAAACUGAACUGUGAAGGAACCUGAA